ACGAGCUGGAGGCCCUGCCCAGUGGCCUGGCCGAGCUGGAGCUGGGGGCCGUGGAGCGCUUCUCCUGGAGUUCCACCCUGGACAUCAUUGAGGACCUCGGGGAAGACCGGAGCCUGGCCGAAGAGAAGGGGCUGCACUGUCAGAACCCCGACUGCAUGGACAAGGGGCGGGCGGCCAAGGUAUGCCACCACGCCGACUGCCAGCAGCUGCACCGCCGGGGGCCCCUCAACCUCUGCGAGGCCUGUGACAGCAAAGUCCACAACGCCAUGCAUUACGAUGGGCACGUCCGCUUCGACCUGCCCCUGCAAGGCUCUGUCCUGGCUCGGAACGUGUCUACCCGGUCAUGCCCCCCACGCACCAGCCCUGCGAUGGACCUGGAGGAGGAGGAGGAGAGCUGUAUGGAUGCCAAAGGGGACCGGAGGAGCACGGGCCUGAAACUCUCCAAGAAAAAAGCCAGGAGGAGACACACAGAUGACCCAAGCAAGGAGUGCUUCACCCUGAAAUUUGACCUGAACGUGGACAUCGAGCCGGAGAUUGUACCGGCCAUGAAGAAGAAGUCUCUGGGGGAGGUGCUGCUGCCAGUAUUUGAAAGGAAGGGCAUCGCCCCAGGCAAAGUGGAUAUCUUCCUGGACCAGUCCAACACACCCUUGUCCCUCACCUUCGAGGCCUACAGGUUCGGGGGACACUAUCUGCGGGUCAAAGCCAAGCCAGGGGACGAGGGAAAGGUGGAGCAGGGGGUGAAGGACUCCAAGUCCCUGAGUCUGCCAAUCCUGCGGCCUACUGGGGCUGGGCCCCCCACCCAGGAGCGCGUGGACACCCAGAUCCGCCGGGAGAGCCUGGACAUCCUGGCCCCCGGCCGCCGACGCAAGAACAUGUCGGAGUUCCUGGGGGAGGCGAGCAUUCCUGGGCAGGAGCCCCCCACGCCUUCCAGCUGCUCUCUGCCCAGUGGCAGCAGUGGUGGCAGCAGCAGUAGCGGUGGCAGUGACAGCUGGAAGAACCGGGCAGCCAGUCGCUUCAGCGGCUUCUUCAGCUCAGGCCCCAGCACCAGUGCCUUCGGCCGGGAGGUGGACAAGAUGGAGCAGCUGGAGGGCAAGCUGCAUGCCUACGGCCUCUUCGGGCUGCCCCGGCUGCCGCGGAGGCUGCGCUUCGACCAGGACUCAUGGGAGGAGGAAGGCGAUGAGGAGGAGGACGAAGACAACGCCUGCCUGCGGCUGGAGGACAGCUGGCGGGAGCUCAUUGACGGGCAUGAGAAGUUGACGCGGCGGCAAUGCCACCAGCAGGAGGCGGUGUGGGAGCUCCUGCACACAGAGGCCUCUUACAUCAAGAAACUGCGAGUGAUCACCAACCUGUUCCUGUGCUGCCUCCUGAACCUGCAAGAAUCUGGGCUGCUGUGUGAGGUGGAGGUGGAGCGUCUGUUCAGCAACAUCCCGGAGAUCGCGCGGCUGCACCGCGGGCUGUGGGGCAGCGUGAUGGCGCCGGUGCUGGAGAAGGCGCGGCGCACGCGGGCGCUGCUGCAGCCUGGGGAUUUCCUCAAAGGCUUUAAGAUGUUUGGCUCCCUCUUCAAGCCCUACAUCCGAUACUGCAUGGAGGAGGAGGGCUGCAUGGAGUACAUGCGCGGCCUCCUGCGCGACAACGACCUCUUCCGGGCCUACAUCACGUGGGCGGAGAAGCACCAGCAGUGCCAGCGGUUGAAGCUGAGCGACAUGCUGGCCAAGCCCCACCAGCGGCUCACCAAGUAUCCGCUGCUACUCAAGUCGGUGCUGAGGAAGACAGACGAGCCGCGCGCCAAGGAGGCCAUCGUCACCAUGAUCGGCUCGGUGGAGCGCUUCAUCCACCACGUGAACACGUGCAUGCGGCAGCGGCAGGAGCGGCAACGGCUGGCGGCCGUGGUGAGCCGCAUAGAUGCCUACGAGGUGGUGGAGGGCAGCAACGACGAGGUGGACAAGCUCCUGAGGGAAUUUCUCCAUCUGGACCUGACAGCGCCCAUCCCUGGCGCCUCCCCUGAGGAGACACGACAGCUGCUGCUGGAAGGGAGCCUGAGGAUGAAGGAGGGGAAGGACAGCAAGAUGGACGUGUACUGCUUCCUCUUCACGGACCUGCUCUUGGUGACGAAGGCAGUGAAGAAGGCUGAGAGGACCAAGGUUAUCAGGCCACCGCUGCUGGUGGACAGGAUCGUGUGCCGGGAGCUUCGGGACCCUGGCUCCUUCCUCCUCAUCUACCUGAACGAGUUCCACUGCGCUGUGGGGGCCUACACGUUCCAGGCCAGCGGCCAGGCUUUGUGCCGUGGCUGGGUGGAUGCCAUCUACAAUGCCCAGAACCAGCUGCAGCAGCUGCGUGUGCAGGAGCAGCCAGGCGGCCAGCAGCACCUGCAGAGCCUGGAAGAGGAGGAGGAUGAGCAGGAGGAGGAGGAGGAAGAGGAGGAAGAGGAAGGAGGGGACAGUAGCACUUCGGCGGCCAGUUCCCCCACCAUCCUGCGCAAAAGCAGCAACAGCCUUAACUCUCAACACUGCGCCUCGGACGGCUCCACGGAGACCCUGGCCAUGGUGGUGGUGGAGCCCGGGGAGAUGCUGUCGUCCCCCGAAUUCGAGGGUGGCCCCUUCAGCUCCCAAUCAGACGAGACCUCACUCAGCACCACCGCCUCGUCCGUCACGCCCACCCGCGAGCUGCUGCCCCUGUGUCCGGCGGACGGCCGCUCCUGCUCCAUGGACUCCGCCUAUGGCACCCUCUCCCCCACCUCCCUGCAAGACUUUGUGGCCCCAGCCCCCGUGGCGGAGCUGGCCCCCCGGCCCCCAGAGUCACCCCAGGCGCCUUCGCCCCCACCCUCGCCCCGCCUCCGCCGCCGCACCCCCGUCCAGCUGCUGCCCUGUCUGCCCCACCUGCUCAAGUCCAAAUCCGAGGCCAGCCUCCUCCAGCUGCUGUCAGGGGCCACCACCCGGGGAGCGCCCCCAGCCCCCAGCCGCAGCCUGUCGGAACUCUGCUUGGCUGCCACCGUCCCUGGCGCCAGGCCUCGGGGAUCCCCUCAGGAGGCUGGGCCCAGCUGGGACUGCCAGGGGACACCGGGCCCUGGCAGUGGCCCCGGGCUGUCAGAGCUGGAGGGUGGAGCCAGCUUCCCAGGUGGGGAGCCAGAAGGACCCCCCAGGAGGAGCAGAGAGCUGCCCUCGGGGGCCUUGCCCCAGGUCCAGCCUGAGCCCCCGCCGGGGACCUCGGCCCAGCACAGGAAGCUGACGUUGGCCCAGCUCUACCGGAUCAGGACCACUCUGCUGCUCAACUCCACCCUCACUGCCUCGGAGGUCUGAGCAGAGGGAGACCCCCAGGGGUGCCACUGACCAAGGGACAGCAGACAACAUGCCUCCGGGAGAGGGCCGGGCAGGACCCCUGCCACCGCCCUCAGGCCCCAGUGUGCACUUUGCCAGGCUGGAUGGAAGUGGAGGAGGGCUCAGCAGAGGCCCAGGCUGCAGGCCCCUUACCAUUGCCACUGUCACUAACCUGCCCCCCAGCCUAGACUGGGUCCCUUGCCCAAUACUCCCUGAGGCCUCCAGUGCCAGUCCUCCCGGCUGGGCUCCAGGGCUGGGACCCUGGCAACCCUUCCCACCUCCGCCCUCAUCUGGCCCCAAAGGGGACAAUCCCUUGCCCUCAGGCGCCUCGCUCCCACCCCAUCCCUCUGGCCACCCCAGGCUUGGGUUGGGCUCUGUGUAAAGUUGCAUAUUUAUUGAGCUUUUGAUUCUUUUAUAAAGACUUGUAUAUACUCCA